AUGAAGGCCUCCAAGAGCCUACUGCUUGUGACGGGUUUGCUGUCUUUCGUGGAAGCGCAAGACCUGUACAGCAUCCUCGUUUCCGAUGCAGCAUCUGUCUACUCAGAAGUCACCUCAAUUCUGGUCUCAGCUGCCUCAGCUACGGCUACAACAACCUCAGACUCGCAAAGUGCAGCUACAUUAACAAGUCCUUCAAGCGAAUCCGCAACCAGCUCAGAUAGCUACGACUCCGCAUCUUCGAGCUCCUCAGAAUACUCAAGCUCAACAUCAUCGUCUCCAACAGCAUCCUCCACACUCUCGUCAACAUCGAGCUCGAGGCUCUCACAGACAUCUUCGACAAUAACUGCGGCCACUACGAAAUCUAUCCCCUCCACAUUAGCGACCUCUUCAGUGCUGGGAUCAACGGCAGAGACCAGUACACCGAGUGUAUCCUCGUCAAAAUCCAGCCAUGACCACAACUUGGCGAUCAUAUUGGGUACCGUUCUCGGCGCCCUGGCGCUAGGACUGCUUAUCCUCGCAUUAUUAUUAUGUUGGAAACGACGCCGGGCCAGUUCACCACGGCAUCGAGGCUUGUUCCCUGAUGACGACGAGGUGGAGAGCUGGAGACUGAACCGCCAGUCGGACCCAAUAGGCAAUAGCAGUAUGACUGCUUCCCAUCAACGCCUCAGCGCUGCAGGAGCUGCACCUCUUAUGUCCGAGCAUCCAGCAUUCCGCAAUUACGAUGGAGAAAACGAGAAUCCCUUCAUUCCCGUCCCACCGCCACCCAGGAGGACCGCGCCCAACUCUCGCGCUGGCCUCACUGACGGCACGUUUCCCGGGGAGGAUCCUUUCCUGAACGAGAAGGAAGUAGCAGUGGGAAGACCAACAAGCUGGAGAAGCUAUGCGUCUAACAACAGAUCAAACGAGAAGGAUCUCAUUGCGGCCGGCCUUGCUGGUGGCGCUGCGGCGGCUGGUCUAAAUCACCACAAUAACAGCCACAUGCAGAAGGACGAUGAACUAAACGAGAAGGCCAUCGAGCCUCAGGCUCCUCGCCAAAUCCACCGGAAACCAAUCCCAGUCAACCAAACAAACGGCAGGGAGCCGUGGCCAUAUUCUCCCGUCUCUCCUGUUGAUCCAGCCACGAAAGCGGCCAACCUAGCUAAGUCCACUCCGCGAGACAGUGACGAUAGCGGUCGAAGACCGAGUCGGGACGCAGCGAGAGCCAACGCAAGCUUCAACCAGAUAUAUGCACCCAGCGGAGCGGAGAGAGCCCACGGACACAUGGGGGUGGCAGCGGAGCUCUCAGCUGCCGCAGCUGGUGCCAUUGGCGGUGCAGCGCUCACUCACCACGACGAACACCGGAGAGAGAAGAGCAGAAGCAGCGAACGUGGGGCUCACAGCCAGAGUCCCCGUCGACCAGCUGUGAUGCAUCGAAAUAGUUCCGAUCUGUCAACCUCUUCGAGUUCCUCGAACUACAGCCAUGGCUACAGCGCAGCGCUUCCGAAGCCUGCGACUCAACUUCAACCCGAAUCCUCAGUAGCUCCUGCACCAUACACCUCUAACCCACAAUUCAACCCAUAUAGCGCGCCCGCCAUCCCGCCAAAACACAGCAGAAGAAACAGCCCCGUAGGUACUUCCGCAGCGUACACUUACCCAAACCGUCCCGCCAAUCCUAGUCCCUUGGGCAACGAAAUCCGACGUGAGCCAUCAAAGCAGCCCCUCCAAUCUGCUGGUGUGAUGGCCCUUCCGAGCCGAAGGCCUCGUGACAAUAGCGCCAGCCGCUACAGCUUCGACCACACUCCUUACGACUCCUACCCAGGCGGUCGAGGGGAGUAUUUCCCUGACGACUCUACGCUUGUAAGCGCAACUGGCGGUCUUGUCGGCGACGACCGGUACCCGCACAUGGGUGUCCCGCGGCGCCAGAGCGGUGGAGAGUUCCACAAUGUCCCAUCUCAAGCGCAGUCUAGCACCCCGCCUCCCCUGCCCCGGGACAGCAAAGUCGAGAUGUGGAUGCCUACAGCUGGAGACGAGUCCAGCUGGCGCAUGAGCUCGGGCAUGCCGAGCGGAUGGCAGCGUCAAAGUCCACGAAAUAGUGGCAGCCACAUGCAAGGCGCACCCGGAGGCAAGAGGUUGCGUGCUAGUGACCUGCCAGGUCGCGAAGAUUCUCCGUAUGCUAGGGCAGGACUUGGACAGGCGUUGUAA